AUGAGACUCCAUUUGCACAGCCACAACCCCGGCAAGCUCCGCACCGUGGUCCAAUUGGUACUGAGCGUACGGAAACGGGCAGUGUUUCGGUUUCUGCCGCGAAACCUAGUGGUAUUUACUCCUGACGGAAGAGCCGACGGCGAACCCCAAGUAUGGUGCCAAAUCAAGCUUAAGCUGGUGUUUGCCCAUGCUGAUAUCCGCAGUUUAAGAGAUAAUGUUGUUGAGCUAGAAUUGGUGGCGGACCAGGUGGCGCAGGUGUUGAAAAUGUUCGAUCAGGAUAUGGCGGCGCUGCUUUCGAUCAAACUUGUGGCUGAGGCGAAAACGGCGCCGGCGGCGCUGGGCGCAGCGCUGGGAGCGCCAUCAACGACUCUGCUGCUGUCAGGACUGCGGCUGAGGGCUAGUCUCUGCUUCAGCUACGCGGCGCCGCUGGCGGUGGGGAGCGACUUGACGCGUACGUUCAAAAUACCCGUCAAAGUUUGUGGGCGCAAUUCCCCUCUAGCCCGCUUGGAGCCGCCGCCGGUAUCGCGCUACUCGCUGGCAGUGGAAUUGGCGCCGGCGUUUAUCCACACUUAUAGCCGCUUAGAGAAGUUCAGAAAGCUGGGGGAAGCGCUCCAGAUUUCUGUGGGCUCUGACGACCCCGGAAUGGCAUUUCGCCUUGAAGACGACGGCCGGUGUGUGGUGACUUUAUGGUAUAAGGAUGAGCUUAAGCGCGUGAGUUUCGAUCCGCAGGCGGACGACUUGCGCCACGCGGUGAUCACCGGCGCUGAUGGUGCGGGCGCCGAAGGCGCGGUGGCUAGUGUGAAGAUUGGCGACUGGCUAGGCACGCGACGGGUACUCCUGGUGUGUCGGACCAAUUUCCUCAUGUUUGCCGGCCGCGAUUGUGUCGUUCACCUGUGGCUUGACGACGAUAACGACGACGUCGAAAUUAAAUAUUACCUAAGCGGGUAUAGAUACGAAUAG